CCCCCGCCGGCCCCUCCCUGCCGCCGCCCCCACCCCCCGCGCCCCGGCGGAGAUGGAGAGGCGCCCGGGCUGAGCCGGCUUGGCCGCCCAUGUGGCGCGGGGAGCGGGAGCGGCUCGGAGCGCGCACGGGGCCGCCGGCCCAGCAGCCCGGACAUGGGAGAACAGCCCAUCUUCACUACGAGGGCCCAUGUCUUCCAGAUUGACCCCGGCACCAAGAAGAACUGGGUGCCUGCCAGCAAGCAGGCCGUCACCGUGUCCUACUUCUACGACGUCACCAGGAACAGCUACCGGAUCAUCAGCGUGGAUGGAGCCAAGGUGAUCAUCAACAGCACCAUCACACCCAACAUGACCUUCACCAAGACCUCGCAGAAGUUUGGGCAGUGGGCCGACAGCAGAGCCAACACUGUGUUUGGCCUGGGCUUCUCCACAGAGCAGCAGCUGACCAAGUUUGCAGAGAAAUUCCAGGAAGUCAAAGAAGCUGCCAGACUAGCCCGAGACAAGUCCCAGGACAAAACCGAGACCUCAAGUGAUCACUCCCAAGAAUCUGGGUGUGAAACCCCACCUUCUGCUCAGGCGUCCAGUGUCAACGGGACGGAUGACGAGAAGGCCUCCCAUGCGGGUCCGGCGGACACGUUCCUCCAGUCGGAGAACAACAAGCUCAAGAUGGCGCUGACGCAGAGUGCUGCCAACGUGAAGAAAUGGGAGACCGAGCUGCAGACCCUGCGGGAGAGCAACGCCCGGCUGAGCUCGGCGCUGCAGGAGUCGGCCGCCAGCGCAGAGCAGUGGAAGAGGCAGUUAGCCCUCUGCCGCGAUGAGAAUGACCGGCUUCGGAACAAGAUUGACCAGCUGGAUGAGCAGUGCGGCGAGAUCAACCGAGAGAAGGAGAAGAACUCGCAGCUGAAGAGGAGGAUCGAGGAGCUGGAGCUGGAGCUCCAGGAAAAGGAGACGGAGCUGAAAGACCUUCGCAAGCAAAGUGAAAUCAUCCCUCAGCUCAUGUCCCAGUGUGACUACGUCUCUGAGAAGCUGGAGGCGGCGGAGAGAGACAACCAGAACCUGGAGGACAAGGUGCGGUCCCUGAAGUCGGACAUGGAGGAGAGCAAGUACCGGCAGCGCCGCCUGAAGGAGGGGCUGAAGAACUCCCUGGAGGUGCUGGACGGCAAGAUCGACGGGCUGCAGGACUUGCGCAGGGGCCUCUCCAGGCUGGGUUCCGACAGCUAGGCUCCGAGUCCCGGGAACACACACACACACACACACACACACACACACACACAAACACACGCGCACGCGCACACGCGCGCGCCAUGCCGGGUCCCGCCGGGGUGACCCCAGCAGGAGGGGCCCUGAGUCUCAGUGACACCAGCAGGACUGGGACUAGGACUCUGGCGCUGCUUCUGUCUUGUUCCCAAACCAGUUGUGCCGUCCGCUGUCCCCUCCUGCGGCCUAGCCGGCUGAGGACACCAGGACGAUUCUGACUCAGGAAUCCAGAACUCGGUCUACCUUCCGUCUACGCAGUCAGGGCAGGGUGUCUGUUCUUUGUGUCUUUCUCAAGGGCUGUUGCAAACUGGAAAACGGGUUUUCUACCCAAAUACCCAAAUGUCUCCGGCUUAGCGCGGCUGCGCGUGAAAUGGUCCGCGGGGAGCAGGGUGUGGGGUGUCGGGUGUGGGGUGUGGGGCUGGGUGACCCUCAAGUCAAAUCCAGAUUGAGAAGAUCCCCUGCAGAGAAGGAGUAUCUUGGGGGUGCCUUCUCGCCUACACCCCUGUCCCCAGGCCCCGUUUGUAGGGUUGUGACAACGCUCUCCCUCUUGAUUUUGUUUUUGAGCAGCGCACAGUGAGCGUGCCUCGCACAGUGCCUGGCACACAGUAGGUGCUUAAUAAACAUCUGUUUGACUAAA